UAAGCUACAGGAGGGACAAGAGCAGAUAACUGCGUGAUGGAUAGAUCUAAAAAUAAAACGAAAUACAAAUUAUCUGAGAAAAAAAACGGCGAGACAGCUUACAAAGUAACUCUAGACUCUAGAUCUAGACAGAUCUAAAACCAUCCUUCAGGCAUCAGACUGGGAUGAAGCACUCGGUGUGAAACUAAUUCUCGUUGGAUUUCUUUUGUUUUUAAACGUGUCUAAGAAGCUAGAUCUAAAUUUGAGAAAAGUAUCUGCCAUGGGAGUUUCAUGUGUUUAUGACUACCCGGUACCAGAUGGCAGAAGUGGAGCUCAGGUUGUGGAUGUUUUGCAGAAGCAAGUGGAGACCAUGGGGGCCUACAAAACUGGCAACUUCCACAUAGAUUGUGAAACAUAUCAGUCUGUUAUGCUAAACAGCCCUAAGACUCUUCACAUCCUGCACAACAGUGAACACCCGGCGUCGUGUUUCGCCAUACUGGACUCCGGGAACACGCUGGUGGCCGACACUCUCUUCAACGGGCUCAUGUCCAACCUGAAGAACUACUACCAGGCUCGGAAAGGAGCCAAGAUAGAAUCCAAAGGCCAGAGGUAUCAGCUGGCCGACUUUGUUCUGAAGAUCGGCUCCGUGUCGCUCGCAGGAAGCUUCAAAGGAAUCCUUGUGGAGGUGGAGUACAGUCCAUCACUUGUGGCCAUGGAGUGCUGGAACCUGAUGAAGGAGCUGCUGCAGAGCAUUGUGGGAAACAUCGCAGAGACCCCGCCGCAGACGCUGAAGCCCAGGAUGGACGAGACGUUCACACCCACCAUGGCCAUGCUGCAGUACCUGGAACACUUCAACAACUUCCGCAACAAGGCCGCCAUGAGCCAGCCCGCCAGAUGAGGGAGAGGGGAGGGAGGGGGGGGGGAGUGUGAGAGAGAGAGAGUGAUGGUGAUGUGAUUGCAUGGAUGUAAACUAGAUCUAAAUGAACAAUGGACCUCUUCAACGACUUCCACAAGGCAGCCAUGAGCCAGCCUGCCAGAUGAGAGAGAGAGGGGGGGAGGGGAGGAGGAAGGAAGGGGGGGGAGGGAAAAAGGGAGUGAGAGGGGGGAGAUGAGAAACAGGGAGAGAGAUAGAGUCUGUCUUGUCAGGUUUUGUUUUUCAGGGUGACUUUCUGCGAAUGUUUUGAAUGAAAUUGCCAUCGUCAUGUAUUUUGGUAAAUGUGGAGUAUGUUUGCUGUUGUUAGUGUUAGGGUGUCCAUGCAAGAAGAUGAAUGAAAGUGGUGGUGAGAGAGAGAGAGAGAGAGAGAGAGAAUGUGUUGAUGUGUGCUCUGGAAGCCUGUUCAUGGUUUUUGUUACAGCUUUGUCUAAAUAAAAAAAAUACUUAACUUA